AUGCCACACAUCGUCGUACACCACCUCAACCAGUCGCGGUCAGACCGCCUCUUCUGGCUCCUAGAGGAACUCAACCUCCCCUACCAAGUCAAAGUGCACUACCGCACCCCGCAAGGCCGCGCUCCAACCUCCCUCACCGAAGUCUCACCUCUCGGUAAAGCUCCGGUCGUAGAAGUCGACGGCAAGGUCGUAACCGAAUCCGGCUUCAUCACGCACUACCUCCUCAAGCACCUCAACUCUGGUUUGCCCGAUCUCGAAACCUCGGCGUCGGAGGAUUCAGUCUUCUGGAACCACUUCUCGGAAGGCAGUCUCAUGCUCCACCUCCAAGGCGGCAUCACUGCCAUGAAAGUACAGCAGGGAUUUGCCUCCUUCAAGGUUCUCUACUUGUUGCUCUUCUUCCAGAAGGGGGCUAGUGCACUGGCAGAGUAUAUCCAGAACAUUACAAAGGACAACGUAAAGCCAAUGCUUGCUGAGGUCGACAGGUUCCUUGAGAAGAACCACAAUUUCUCGGGUUCGGAUAAGCUUGGCGAAGGCGACUUCAUGAUGCUCUAUCCACUUGAUAGUAUUGCUCGUGGGACGCGGAAGGGAGAGUACGAGCUUGGUCACGCUACCAAGCGGUGGCUCGAUGGCGUCCAAGCCCGUCCGGCAUACCAGCGCGCACGCGAGCGUAUCGCCCAGGAAGAGGCCGGGCAGAAGGCUGCCAAGCUCUAA